UACAUGAAUUAUGAGCAAUAUCGUUUGGGCGUUUUAACCCUCUACCAAAGGCUACUCUGAUGGUCAGAGACAGGGUGUGAAUGAAUGUCUUUGUUUCAAGACAAGGAAGCAGAUACCACGAGCCACAAGUCAUGCCUGUGUUGGCGUGAAGAAGUGCGUGUGUGUGAUCUUAUGGUGCAACCAUGACAAGAGUAGCACUGGCUAAACUUCUCAUCCUCCUGAUCAUCGCCUUGAUCAUCUGCCUCCCAGAAUUCUUCACACUGCACAGAGCAUCAAAAGUUAGCUUCCUCUGUCUGCCCUACCGACCCUGUGAGCGAAGGAAUCAGGUGAGGGGAAAUGGGAAGACUGGGGAUACUGAAAUUAGGGGAAAGGACAUGUGUGACCCUUCACAGGUUCCAGAACGUGAAAAGUGGGAGGAGGCCUGCGCACAAGAGAAUCAAAGCAACAUGACAGAUCCUGCGUCUGACUCCUGGAGAGACCGUGAAGACCCAGAAAAGAGCUGGUUCAUGUGUGAAACAGAUAUGGACAUGGCAGAAUUACAUAGCAACAGCUCAUCUUCAGCUUUAAAGGUACAUUUCAAGGUGUCAGUGGAGCUUCAGUUCAGAGAUGCAAAGACCCUGAAUCUCACCCUGUAUGGUGGCAGUAAUCAGAGCUCUUUACUCCUCAACCUACCCGAGGAGGAGGAGGAGGAAGAGGAAGAUGAAGAGGAGGAAAAGAAUAAGGAUGAUGAAGGUCAGAGGAAAGCAUUUUACUGCUGUUUCCCUGCCUCACCCACCUCGGAGUCAGCCAAUCAAAGCCGCUGUCUCCUUUGGCUCGCCAAUCAAACAGUUUUGACUGCAACAGAAAAGGGAAAGCUGCCAUGGAAACGGCCACAGAAAGAUGAGUGGCGGUGUGUGUUCAGGGUGCUCUGGCUGGCUCUGCUGUUUGUGGUGUUGCUGGCUGUAGUCACAACUCUGCUCAGACAAAUCUACAGUGGGAGAUGCUUGUUGAAAAAGCCCAAGGUGCGCCCUGUUGUUUACCACUUCACUGGCCAGCAUUUGAACGACGGUGAGAAGCACACAGAAAGCAUCAUUCCUAAAGAGACGAUCCUUCACUCCUAUGGGUCCCGGCCCUGGUCAGGACUGUCACCCAUUCAAGAAGUUGACACUCAAGACGAUAUAGAAACUCUGCUGGAUGGAACUGUUGAUAACUGCUAUACAGCAAACCUGCAUCAUCGUAGCCAUCCUUCCACCUCCUCCCUCACAGAGGAGCAGGCGUGGUGACAGAGGAGCAGCCAUAAGAGCGCAGAUGAGCUAAAGUUCACUGGAGAAAAAUAAAAAAGGAACGCUACAAUUGCCAGCUACCUUUAUGGUGAAAAUAAAAACAUCUGAGACACAU